UUGAGACCUCAGUCACCAAAGCUGUUUUCUCAGACCUUAUUCCUGGAACCAUAUACACUCUGAUUAUUGAGUACUUAUCCUGCAGCAUCAAGAAAAACAUUUCAAGAGACAUAAUCACUGCUGGAAAGGUCUAUGAAUCUUCCACUCGAAUUCCAGGCAGAGAGUUUUUGUCUGAUUAUACAAAUCAAUCCAGCAAACUUUACAAAGACUUUGUGACCAAUUUCAUUAUGCAGGUUGAAAACAAUCUCCCGAAAGAAUACCAGGACCUUAUCAAGGCUAAACAAAUGGUGGUGGUUGUGAGAGGUGUUCGCAGAGGAAGUGUGAUCGUUGACUUUGAUCUGGUCAAUGCUCUGGAGGUCAAACUGUCAACCUCUGACGUGCAGAACAGUGUCAUCAAUGCGCUGAAAACAUCUGCACUCGGAGUAGAUCUGAAUUUCACCUCAGUCAAAGAGGCAGAUAUUUGCCAACGAGGAGAUCACACAUGCUCUAAAAAUGCCAGCUGUGUCAGAGAGGGACCCUCACAUACAUGUGAAUGUAAGGCAGGAUUCUACGACGAAAACCCAACCGUACCGGGUACUGACUGCAAGAGAAAUAUCUCUCCAGGUGCAGAUCCAUGUCAAGGCUUGUGUUCAUCACGUGCUCAGUGUGUGAUUGGUCCUGGAGGCAGCCAUGAGUGUAGCUGCUAUCCUGGUUUGAUAGAUCAGAAUCCUGUUAACCCUGGGAAGCUAUGCAAAGAUCCUGUCGACUGUUUUGAUCAAGAAAAUGACAUUUGCUCAUCCCAAAAUCAAUGUCUUCCGCCCAAGUUUCUCUGCUCAUUGAGGAAUGUUUUCAAAUUAACAGCAGAGUUCAACUCUUGGAUUUUCAAUUCCUCUCUGUACGACCCAGUGAGCGACGCUUGGGCGUAUGCCUCUACAAAGAUCAUAACAACUGUUGUCCCCAAAAUGCAGCGUGUUCUGUUAGAUUCAUCCUUUGACAUGACAGUGGUGGGCUUCCAGAGGGGUAGUGUGGUGGUCAGGAUGAUGUGUGGUUUUAAUGGGAAUUCUACCACUGAUGAAAGAACUCUCCAGGCUGCUCUACAGGACACUCUCCGCAAACACCUGGACGACUCCGCCAUAGCUACCUUGAAAAGAGUUUCCCAGAUAUCAACGGCCCCAGGACAAGGCUGGAAAGUGGCGACCAUAGUCCUGGGAGUUCUGCUGGGCUUCACUUUGAUAGUCGUGGUUGUCGUUCUGAUCAUCACCAUAGUGAGGAGAGCAGCUAGCAAGCUGACCACAUAUAACAUAGAGCAAACAGAACACAACAUACAAGCGGUGUCCAAUGACUACUUACAAGGACGUUAUUCUUACCAGGUGUAGUUCACAGAUUCUUGAAAGACGCGAUAAUCUAAACUUUUUUUCACAAAUAUAUUUCUUAAUAUUAACAAAAGUAUCAGCUAUCACACCAUGUAAAGGAACACUUUAAUUGCUUCAUAAAAUGCAACUAACUGGAUUUAUGUUAACUCCGUCAGACACCAUAAAAGGCAUUUCAUUUUCACAUUUAUUGUUGAACAAGUGUUUAAUAAAGGCCUUGAUUGUUGAGUUCUAACAUUAGAUUAUUCAGAUAUGUAAUACAAUCUCCAAACCUAUUUUGUUUUAUUUUAGCGCUAUAUAAUGCUCCAGGGCUAAUUCUGUUUUGGCAUGACAGAGUUGACCAAAUCUCCUGACAAUUUUCUUCGAAAUCACAGUUUUGAGAGAAAUAUUAUUUAAAGUCAGAGAGGGCCAUUGGAAGAAACUACAUAAUAUAUUUUUUCAGUUAAUAUUCAUUAUUGCCAGUUUUUUAAAUUGUAAACCCUUUUUUGGAGCGUUUGAAAUUGGGAUCCUUUGCUCUGGACAAGGGCAUUUCCGGGCAUAUAGUCAGCUAGACCUCUUUAGAGUGGACCUGGUGAAUGUAGAUUCAAAUAAUUAAAUGUCACCUCUAUUCUUAUCAAAGGUGUACAGUAUGGCGAGCUAGGUGCGUGCAGACACUUCUGGCCAAACAGGGGACACUGCAUUAGGCAUUUCCACUGCCGUCUCUGCUCCACCAUUCAAUAUUUCACACAGCUCUCUCUCCAAAUAGUGGCCCAUAACAACUGAAUUAUUCAGGAGGUUUUACAUCAGGAUGACUGAAUCACAGACAAACGACAGACACUGCAUGUGUUCAGUCCUUCAAUGGAUUGGCUAGUAAGGCAAUCAAUUACUGUUUCCAUUUUAUAGCUGCCAUUGUCUGAGGGCACCUUUUGUUAGUGGGACGCAAAGUCAUUUGUUGACUUCCUGUUUAAGGGGCUGUUUGUAUCUCAGAACUAAUUCCUGAUGAUGGUUUUCUGUUCCUCAUUUAACAAUAUUGGGAAGUGUUCCUUGUUUUACAAAUUGUAAUGCAAUUUUUUUUCAAGUUGACAUGUAAAUGAUAUUCUACUUUAGGCCUAUAUGCUUAAAUAAUUGUAAUUUGCCAGAAUGUGAAUUUCACUGUCAUAAGAAAACUUUAUUUUAUCACCCAAUGGGAAAUAACAAAGCAACCAAACCAUCUUCACUGGACCUUACAUAAUUCCUCUGAAUCUUUAAUGUCCACUAAAAUAAAAAGAGGCAGUUUUGGUGCCCUCAUUUUCCAAUGGGUUUGGCAAGCUCUCACUCUGUCUCUGUAGCGUAAUGAAAAUCACAAAUACCUCUUCUGA